AUGUACCAGAAACUUCUCCUCGUUCCCCUCCUCCUCACCUCGGCUCUGGCCAGCCCUCACGAUGCCUCCUCGCACCAAAAGUUCCACCAGCUGAACGAGCGUGCUGCAUUCCCCAUUCCCGCCUCCAAGGGUAGCCAGACCUUUAAGGAACCUUACUACGUCAAGGGUACCUAUGAUGGUGGCAUGAAGACCUUCGGCCGUGGUGUCAAGUGUACCGGUCAGAAGGAGGGUGGCAACAAGGACGCUGUCUUCAUCGUCGCUGACGGCGGUAUCCUUCGCAACGCCAUCAUUGGUGCUGACCAGAUUGAGGGUGUGCACUGCGAGGGUUCUUGCACCAUUGAAAACGUCUGGUGGCAGGAGGUCUGCGAGGAUGCCCUCACCUUCAAGGGUACCGGCAACGGUGUCCACAAGGUCAUUGGCGGUGGUGCCCAGGGCGCCGAUGACAAGGUCAUCCAGCACAACAGCGGCGGCUCUGCCAUCAUCCAGGAUUUCACUGUCCAGAACUUCGGCAAGCUGUACCGCUCCUGCGGCAACUGCAAGAAGCAGUUCAAGCGUACCGUUCAGAUCAGCGGUGUCAAGGCCAGCAACGGCAAGACUCUUGUCGGCAUCAACCCUAACCUCGGCGACUCCGCCACCAUUGACGGCUGUGCUAGCAGCGUUAAGGAGAUUUGUGUCGAGUACCAGGGUACCGACAACAACGGCAAGGAGCCCAAGAAGGUUUCCUCCGGCGCUAGCAACACCUGCAAGUUCAAGCAGCCCCUGGCUAGCUGCUAG